UUCUGGAGAAACAUCUACCACUAGUGAAGCAGAAACAUCUACAACAACAGAAACUUUCACAUUCACAACAACUACUCCAGAAACAUCUAUCACUAGUACAGAAACAUCUACAACAACAGAUACUUCCACGAUCAAAACAACUUCUGCUGAAACAUUCACAACUAAUGUAGCAGAAACAUCUACAACAAUAGAGACUUUGAUAAUUACAACAACUCCAGUUGAAACAUCCACCAUUAUCACAGAAGAAACAUCUACAACUAGUGCAGCAGAAACAGCUACCACUAGUGCAGCAGAAACAUCUAUGACAACAAAGACUUCGAUAAUCACAACAGCUCCUGUUGAAACACCCACUUCCAUUGCAGCAGAAACAUCUACAACAAAAGAGACUUCGACAAUUACAACAACUCCCGCAAAAACAUCCAAAACUAUUGUAGCAGAAACAUCUACAACAACAGAGCCCUCCACAAUCACAACUACUACAGCAGAAACAUCUACCACUAGUGCAGCAGAAACAUCUAUGACAACAGAAACUUCACAGAUCAAAACAACUUCUGCUGAAACAUCCCCCACUAGAGCAGCAGAAACAACUACAACAAUAGAGACUUCGACAAUUGCAGCAACUCCAGUUGAAACAACCACCAUGAUCACAGCAGAAACAUAUACAACAACAGAGCCCUCCACAAUCACAACAAUUACUACUGCAGAAACAUCUACCACUAGUUCAGCAGAAACGUCUACAAGAACUACAGCAGAAACAUCCACCACUAGUGAAGCAGAAACAUCUACAACAACAGAGACUUCAACAAUUACAACAACACCAGUUGAAACAUCCACCAUUAUCACAGAAGAAACAUCUACAACAACAGAGCCCUCCACAAUCACAACUACUACAGCAGAAACAUCUACCACUAGUGCAGCAGAAACAUCUACAACAACAGAAACUUUCACAUUCACAACAACUACUCCAGAAACAUCUAUCACUAGUACAGAAACAUCUACAACAACAGAAACUUCCACGAUCAAAACAACUUCUGCUGAAACAUUCACAACUAAUGUAGCAGAAACAUCUACAACAAUAGAGACUUCAACAAUUACAACAACUCCACCCUCCACAAUCACCACAACUCCUGCAGAAACAUCUAUCACUAGUAUUGCAGAAACAUCUACAACAAAAGAGACUUCGACAAUUACAACAACUCCAGUUGAAACAUCCACCAUUAUCACAGCAGAAACAGCUACGACAACAGAGCCCUCCACGAUCACAACAACUUCUGCAGAAACAUCUAUUACAGCAGAAGCAUCUAGUACAGCAGAAGCAUCUACAACAAUAGAGACUUCGAUAAUUACAAAAACUCCGGUUGAAACAUCCACCAUUAUCACAGCAGAAACAGCUACAACAACAGAGCUCUCCACAAUC